AUGACCAUCACGGCCGCCCUCGUAGCCGUCCCGUGGACGACUAUCGCCGCAGUCUGCCCAUAUGCAACGCUGCCUUCCUCCUUCAACUCGAUCCUUGUGUCGGACACGGCGCUGUGCCCCGCAGCCAACAUGACUUGCGUCGUCGAUCGAGCUUGCAGGCUUCUUGGCACCCCCGACACGUUGUCGUGGAACGCUAUCGGCAACUACUCGGGUCUUCCCGCGUCCAAGACAUCGUGGGUAUUCAAUGGGGGUCAAGCUUGCACCCAUGUCAAUGUGGCCGUGUUCCCGUCGACCAUCUCGUCCUUAAAGUUGUCCAAUAUGACGUUUCCCCCCGAGCCAGUAAAACCAUCGUGGCCGCCCAAACUGAACGAAUUAUUCAUAGAAGCGACCAAUAUUACGGUCAUUCCGUCUGCCGUCGACGUUGACCUUGCUAUUCCUUGGUGGCAAUUAUCUCGUUGA